CUGUGUGCACCAGGGACUCAGCUGUUGUGGGGGUGGCACGCCGCUCGUCGUAGUGAAGACAAGCAAGCCUCCUACCUCCUUUCGUUCUAUACAUAGUCUAACAUGCCGGGCCGGUAAAGGUAGGCCGGUCAUCAAACAGUGUCGCCUUCCCCGCCGACACGCCGCCAACCGCCAUCGGGUUCACCAGCCCCCAGCACACACAUUCGUUUGGGGGGAGCGCAACAGCAGGGAUGACUAGACACCAACCGCGGAACCCGGGUAUUUCGACGCGGCAAAGGAGAUGUUGUUGGCCUUACGCAACCUGCGCUGCUGCUGCGGGUACCCUCGCGGCGUUGUGUGUCUGCUUCGUUCUCGGGGCGUCGAUCGGGUGGUGGCUCGGGGGACACCGGUCAAGGCAAGAAGCGGUCCUCGCCGAAACGUUGCGGAGAAGGGGCAACAAGCCAGUCGUUGUCGUACGCGAUGCGGGAGAGAGCUUUGUGCGGCACUACAACAGUUUCGCGGCGUACGCAGCAGAGAUGCUCAACAGCACCGAGCCUCUUCCUGUGCCCGUUGUCACUCCGAAUGAUGGACGCCGGCCCCCGAUGUCUCUCCCGCUUGGAACAAUCAUUGGAGUGCAGAAAGGAGGUACGCAAAAUCUUCGAAGCCAUUUGCUCCAGCACCCGCUUCUGUCCGGGGUGCCGGGAACGGAGGCCCACUUCUUCGAUCGCAAUCCCGAUACGUACCCAAGCCUCGGUGAGUGGCCGGGGAAUACUGGUGAUGCGAGAAGAGCAAAGCUGCCUGCAUCGGCCGCCGGAGAAGUGCUCGAGCUCUACUCCAAUGCUACCAUGAGAACAAUUGGCGCGCCUGAUGAACUUGAGGAGGCUGGAGUAACCGUUACUGUGGACUCGUCUCCAAUGUACAUCUUCUACCCGCUGGCGCCGUACCGCAUGAAGAUGGUGCAGCCCCACGCCAGGCUAGUGGUCAUACUAAAAGAUCCCACGGCAAGGAAAAUUGCGGUGUUUCUUCGAGGGUUUAGUGACCGCAAGCGGCAACCUAACCAGCUGGAGCGAUGGUUCGCGGUGUUCCCUCGAUCACAGAUACUCGUGAUCGACUCUUCGGAGCUGUAUCGUGACUUCCUCCCAACGCUGGAGAGGGCUGCGAGGCACUUGGGACUGCCGCCACACGACUUCUACUACGACUCCGACUUCCAGCACGGCACCGGCGCUUGCAAGGACAAUCGCCCCCAGUUCUUCGGAGAGGAUGGGAGGUACAAAAAGAUGCUCGAGCAGGAGCAACUUUUCCGAGACUGGUAUAGACCUCACAACGAGCGCCUCUACUCCCUCAUCGGCAAAGAUUUAAAGUGGGACUAG